UUUAUAUUAAUUGUUUGUUAUUGUUCUAGUCUCUCGUGUCUCUCGAUCAAAAAAUAAACUACUUUCUCAUUUUACAUGUAUAAAUUAAUUUAUUCACUUGAUAUUAAUACGUUCAGUUUUCCAUAACUUAAAAAUGUCAUCGGAUGUUCUUAGUAUAGCUAGACGAAAAUUAAAUGAAGCUCUCGGUGAGAAGUCCACAAAAUACUUUACACACAUGAAACAAUGGUUUCGAAUGAAACUCACCAAAGAAGAGUUUGACGCUGAAGCACGUACUAUGCUUAACUCAGACCAGGUUCAUUAUCACAAUGAAUUCCUUCUUGCGCUAUUAAAUAAAGUUGAAGGUUUAGCCGAAACUUCAAUAACAAUAGCUCAAGAGAAAGCAAAUUUACACCAGAGAAAUAGUCGAAGGCAUAAGCGAACAUCGCGUACGUCAGAAAGAUCAAACUUUGAACCAGUUGAUUUAUUGGAAUUCCUGCCUCCAAAUUCGCCUCCAGGAGCGGGUAGUGACGGUGUAAAAUAUGCUACACAGGAAAUAUUUUUGCCUGAUCACGCCUUAGUAGUGGGCCGGUUUAUGUUAGCCGCCUGGGAGCUAGGCCUAGAGGGUGCUGAUGAUGAUGCAGCUGAUAUAAUAGUUGUUGCUGUGCAAAACUUCCUCAAGAACAUCAUCACAGCUAUUGUUACACAACGCAAAGGUUACAAGAUCCGUAAUAAACACUUUGUGUAUGAUGUCGGAGGGGAUAUGCCCAAUAUGUGGUUGCGUAACUCAAAUAAACUGUAUGAUCCUCAAGAAGAAGGAAGAGUGCAUGUAGAUGAUGGACCAGAUGCUCUAGCACCACGAUGUCCGCCUACUAUUGAUGAAGUAGAGCAGUCUGCGGCUUUUGAAAUUGCAUGCAGUGUACCUGUCACAGAGCCGAAUGAUGACAAGUUAACAAUUGAUGAGUUCUACAAUACAUUGCUAACACAUAGAAAUAUUAUAGCCUGUCAUUCUGUGUAUGCUGUAAAUAUGGAAAGAUUAGCUGUUAUGCUAAAUCAUCCUAGUUAUUAAAGAUUGUGUCAUAAAUGAUGUAAAUACUAAGUAUGAGUUUUUUCUUGAGCAGGUAUAUUAUUUUAUUUAUUGUUAUAAACCUGUAUGAUGAAGCUACCUAUUGGUAAAAUAACACUUAAAAUUGGUCCAGUAGUUUCAGAGCCCAUUCGAUGCAAAUAAACAAUCACAUCUUUCCACUUUAUAAUAUUAGUAUAGAAGUAUAAACAAGCUCCAAUCAUACUAAUGAAAUAAGUGAAAAUACUAUGCCUAACUAAAUCAUUUGUGAUAUAAUAAUUUAAUCAAAAAUAUGUUUUAUUGUAUGGGUAAAUAGAUGGGUGAAGACCAAUCUUUAUGUAGAUCUUUUACUAGGUAAUUCAUGAUUUUUUAACAUGAUUAAAUGCAUAAUGGGAAUAAAAAGGAUCAAAGACAUGCCUGAGCAAAAUUAUUUGUGACAGUAUAUGGUACAUUAUGUAAGAUGAUCCAUAAGAACAUCUAUACUAGUAUAAAACAAUAUUGGAAGCAAUCUGUAUGCUAUCUGUAUGCUGAGAUCUUGCAAUAGAGACCGAGUGAUUCAAGUGGAAGCUAUAUAUGUAUAAUACAGGAUCACAGGCGAAGCCGCUGGCGAAAAGUUAAUUAUUAUCAAACAUCUAAAUCUUAAUUAGUGAAUUAAAAAUUUGAAAAUUGAAUGCCUAGUGUAAAAAAAUUACAACUAAAAUAAUCAGAGUUAAUUUAACAAAAUAUAAAAUCAACUAUAUAUUUUCACUUAAAAUUAACUAAAUAUUGUACAAUUGAAACAAUUAUCUACUCUAUAGCAUAAAAAACACGUAGACAAUGAUGAUGAUCAUAGAUUCGAUUGACUAAAGCAAAAUAUUGAAAGCAUUAAAUUGUUAGGGUUACGGUAAAUCCACUCUGAAGACUUUUAUUCUUAAAACUAUUGAUGAAUAAAAAUAUUUGAUAAAAAUUAAACAUACUUAUAAUUUAGCAUUAUGUUAGCACAAAACCAAUUUCAAUGAAAUAAAUAAAUUCACAAAAACUCAUACAUUCAAAGAUAAAUUAAUAAAAGCUUUUAAAACAUAACAAAAUUGUUAGUUUCAUUAUUUAUUAUUUAAAAAUUAACUGAAUUUUUUUCUAUAAGUAAAUAUUAACAAAAGCGAUCUCCUUUUUAUCGUUGCCAAUUAUUAAUGGGAAUUAGCAAAAUAUAAAAAAUCUGGAUUUAAGAACUUCCCUAAUUCA